AUGCCUUCUCUCAAGACUCUGUUCGCCUCGGCUGCUAUGGCCUACCUGGCUACCGCCAAGACCAUCAAGAUCACAGCCACCAGCGAUGACAAGUUCGACCCCGAGGAGGUCGAGGCUGAGAAGGGCGAUGUCCUCGAAUUCCACUUUGAGCCCAAGAACCACAGCGUCGUUGCUGGCGACUACCGCUAUCCUUGCUCUCCCCUUGAUCUCGGCAGUGGUUUCUUUUCCGGUUUCCUUCCCACUGACUCUGGAUCUGCCGACAAGGUUUUCCAGGUCACCAUCAAUGACACCGACCCUACUCCUUUCUACUCUUCUCAGGGCAAGGAGUGCCCUUCUGGCAUGGUCGGUAUCAUCAACCCUGACAAGAACAAAACUCUUUCCGACUACAAGAAGCGUGCUUCCGAGCUGAGCUCCGGUGUUAACCCCGGCAAGAAAGCAUUUGGUGGCGAGCUUGUUGACUCGGAUGAUGCCAAAUCGGAUGAUAGCAACGACAAGGGCUCUGGCAAGUCCUCUGGUAGCAAGGACGACAACAACGCAGCCGGUAUCAUCGGUGCUCCUUUCGCUGGUGUUGUUGCCGCCAUUGGUCUGGCUUAUAUUAUGGCUUAA